UGAGUGGUUUCCCUUUCCAUGACGAGAAUUAAAAAUCGAUAAAUUUGGUGCUUAUAUAAAUGAGGCAUGCUUUAGAGAUAUAUGUGUGCAUAAACAAACUUUGGGAGUGUAUUUGCGUCACAGUGCAUUGCAAGAAAGCGACAUUCACAAAAACAAAGGUGCAAGAAUUAGUGCAGCAGCAGAAUCAUGGAUGAAGAAUCUAAAUAUGAGCUGAAGCUGCCCGGAUUCAGAUUCCACCCAACCGAGGAAGAGCUCUUGAAUUUCUACCUCAAAAGCAUGGUUUUCGGGAAGAAAUUCCGCGGCGAUGUUAUCGGAUUUUUGAAUAUAUACAACUACGAUCCCAAAGAUUUGCCGAAGCUGGCGAAAACAGGGGAGAGAGAGUGGUACUUCUUCGUGCCUCGGGACAGGAAGCACGGCGGCGGAGGGAGGCCGAACCGCACGACGGCGAAGGGAUUCUGGAAGGCGACGGGUUCGGACAGGCAGAUUAUGGGCGGCUCGGAUCCGAAGCAGACGCUGGGGCUCAAGAAGACGCUGGUUUUUUACGAGGGCAGAGCGCCACGUGGCAGGAAGACCAACUGGAUCAUGAAUGAGUAUCGCCUCCCCGACAACUGCUCCGCCCCUAAGGACAUUGUUUUGUGCAAGAUAUACAUGAAGGCGACGUCGUUGAAGGUGCUGGAGCAGAGGGCUGCGAUGGAGGAAGGGGCCAAGACACACGCUUCUUCUUCGCUGGAUUCCGCCUCGUUGCAGUUUGAGGGGAAGGAGUUGAAGAGAGAGAGGGAGGAGAGAGAGAGCAGGCCUUGCUCGAGCUUGGUGUUGCCGAAUAACAUAGCAGAGCUGCAGGUGCCUAAGAUGAGCAUGGAUUGGAUGCACGACUCUUUCUGGACUAAUUUAAGCCCAUGGCUCGAUAACUUCACACCCUUCAUGCCACUGUGCUGAUUUUAUCAUUAUUCCACUUACUUUCAAGAAUUGCAUUAACAUAUAAAGUAAUCAAGAAAAUAGUUGCAAAGGCCUUCUUUCAUUGUGAGACUUUCCUCUGUUUUAAAUGUGCAAAUUUGGCCUACAAAUUGAUACUUUAUAUACAGAUGAAGGGACAAGACGAAUAAAAAAAUUUAAUUUUUUCAA